AUGGAAGCUGCCGAAGAAGAGCAGCGUCAUGGAGAGAGCAAAGCCGGCAUUCACAUGUCAAUUGCUCUAGCUGCCCGCUCUCGAAUGUUGCCCUCGAUGGAGGAGCAAUUUCCUCUUAUCCCUACGCGGCGUAUCGAUUUGGAGGAGGACUCAUGGGGCGAUUGGGCCAGCCACUCUCGAGUACGCACUUUUGUGCGGCGACAAGAAGAGUUGUAUGCAGAACAGGGCCAGAGCUGGACCUAUUGGUGGCACAAGAAGGAACAGCAGCCUAUCCCAUCGUGCAGGGAUUUGAUUGGCGAGCCUUUGAAUCUUCUGAGCAAGGCUAUGACUGUGCCGGGGUACUUGGAGGAAAUGGUGGUUGGGAGUGCAGUGCCUGCUCUUCCUUUGGAGGAUGGAGAAGUCAUUUUCUGUCCCUAUGGAUCCACCGAGGAUGUGCCUUGGGCUCAUGGUUGCCUUCCUCAAAAGGAACAGGAGCUCAGGUGGUUGCUUCGCGAGCCUCCUUUGGAGCAACCCGAACGCCCGAUCGAGACGGCAGAGGUGGAAUGCAUGACCACCGAAUUGGAGGACCAUCACGAGAAGAUCCUUUCCCAGCUUACCCAGGCUGCUUCGGCCGUGGAUUUUGGAUGCAGCUUGAAGGUCAUCACCAUCGUGGUGGAUCAACUUGGGGAAUCUUUGGUCUCCAACAAGUCCGUGCACCCCAAGUUGCUUCCGAUGUCUUACCACCUUCAGCAAGGCCACAACUUUGCCCUGUACCUCCUUGGGUUGGUGAACUUGUACCAGGAGCACAACGAGAAGUACGACAUUGGCCAUGCGGAAAGGGUGACGUCGGAAACCACUCCGAUGUGGAUACAGAAAUGCAUCUGGGAAGUGAUCGGCAAUGUGAUCAAGCACGAGGCCAAGGAGCAUUACUCCCUGGAGGAAUAUCGGGCGUCCACAAAAGCUGCCCGAAAGGGUACCUCUGCGCGUGUGUCCUCCCUGCCUUCUUCCUGUUUGUCGCAUUCCGGCGAUCCCGCCACCGCCGGUAGGGCAGCCACUCUGCUCGGAGGCCAUGCCAGGGAAAGCGGCGUUUUUGACCUCCGCGACGUCGUGAAUAGCGAAGAAGAGGCUGGCGGCCAGGCGCAUGCAGAGGUUGAUUGUGGGCGUUUCAAUCAGGAGAUACGAAGCCGGGAAGGUUUCUGGAAGGAAGAGCAGCUGGUUGGCGAUCUUCAAUCGGGUUCGACAGAAACUGCGGCAUGGUCCCUGAUGAAGGUCUCAUAG